AUGGCUAUCGAUUAAACAAACGGGCUGAUAGCUUUGUCAGCUGUUAGCGGUUUAUCUUUCAUUACAAGUUUGACAGUAAUUUUGGUGUAUAUUUUUAACAGAAAAUUUCGUUGCUUCUCCCACGAUUUAGUGAUAAUGCUUUGCGCAAGUGAUUUAUUGUAUUGUUUUGUAGCUUUAUCUAGAUCUAUUUGGAUGCUUAGUGAUAGCAACGCUUAUAUUGAUGGAGCUCUGUGCUACAUUCAAGCCGUUUAUAUAUAGACUUUCGAUAUAAGCUCAUGCAUAUGCACUACAAGUAUAUCUUACUCACUAUACUUGCAGAUGGUUAAAGAAGUAAAAUUAUACAAAUAAUCUGCAUUCAAAAUGUUUUGGAAAAGAAAUUAUCUGAUACCAUUCUUGUGCUCUUUAGUGUUCGUAGUAUUUAAUUUAGUAGGGCAUAACGAUCCUUACAAAGAAACUUACUGUACAGUGUGUAGUGAUAACCCUAUGAUAACUUAAAUAUUGUAGAUGAUAUAUUUUUACAUACCACAAACAGUUGGACUUAUCUUUAAUAUAAUUAUGAUUUACAAAGUACUUAAAGCCUACUUUUAAAAUAGAUAAAAAUAUAGAAAUAUUUCAUAUAGCGAAAUAAUGAAGCUGGUGUUUUAUCCUUUAAUCCUUUUAUUUUGCUAGAUACCUCUAAUUCUAAUAAGAAUAAUCGAAUAUUCUGGUCAAUACUUUGAAGAUGCCACUAUAGUUUUAUACGUCCUAAGUCAAUCAAUAGGAUUUUUGAACUCCCUUUUUUAUGCUAUAGUAUCUUUAAAGAUGUUUGGCUGCGAAUGUGUGAGCUCAUCUAAAUAUGAAGAUGAAGAUUUGAAACAGCGUUUAACCUAAAGGCAAAACAAGAAUUUUAAAUAUAUAGAAUCAAAUCUAUCUAUUGAUAACUAAAACACUAGAGCAGAAACUAAAGUACUAUCAUAAGAAGAUAAUUUGGAGUGGGAUGAAUGA